AAAAAACAAUUACGUCACGUUCCUCCCGUGGUGCUUUGCGAGCCCAGCUUUAACAAACGGCUAAAGAAUUGUACUCUACAUGGUCAGUUUAUAAAGUGUGUAUUGGUUAGAGACGAAAUAAAUUCAUCUGGAACUAACGCCGCAAGGAAAUUCAAAUUUACGUAAUGAUGGAUCAGGACUACGAGUCCAGGCUGCUCAGGCAAAUCAACAUCCAGAAUGAAAACGCAAGCCCCAUGAAAGCUGUAGGUGCUGUUCGAGCUCUGACGCCCAGCAGCUCCCCACUAUCCUCCCCAAGCAAACAUGGUGAUCGCUUUAUUCCAUCCCGGGCUGGAGCCAACUGGAGUGUUAACUUCCAUCGUAUCAAUGAAAUCGAAAAGUCACACAAUCAAAAUAGGAAAAAUAAAGAUGGAACGACAGAUGGUAACAAAGCCGAUGGUCUGGCGUACUCCGCCCUGCUAAAAAAUGAACUUCUAGGAGCAGGAAUAGAGAAAGUCCAGGACCCGCAGUCAGAAGAUCGAAGGCUGCAGCCAUCGACUCCAGCCAAGAGGAGCCUUUUUACUUAUUCAGUCAGUGUGAAGAGAGCGCUGUCGGAGGAGGACGGGAACACAGUAUCUCCAUAUUCCCUGUCACCUGUCAGCAGCAACAGCCAGAAAUUGUUACGGUCACCAAGGAAACCAACACGGAAAAUAUCAAAAAUCCCUUUCAAAGUUUUGGACGCUCCAGAGCUUCAGGACGACUUCUAUCUUAACUUAGUUGACUGGUCCUCCCUUAAUGUACUCAGUGUUGGUCUAGGAACCUGUGUGUACCUGUGGAGUGCCUGCACCAGCCAGGUGACUCGUUUGUGUGACCUUUCUGUAGAAGGAGACUCUGUCACAUCUGUAGGCUGGUCAGAAAGGGGUAACCUGGUGUCAGUGGGGACUCAUAAGGGCUAUGUACAGAUCUGGGAUGCAGCAGCAGGGAAGAAGCUGUCUGUACUAGAGGGACAUACGGCUAGAGUGGGUGCGUUAGCAUGGAAUGCAGACCAAUUGUCUUCUGGGAGCCGCGAUCGAAUGAUCCUGCAGCGGGACAUUAGAGCCCCCCCGCUCCAGUCCGAACGCCGUCUCCAAGGGCACAGACAGGAGGUCUGUGGGCUCAAAUGGAGCACAGACCAUCAGCUUCUUGCAUCUGGUGGAAACGAUAACAAGCUGCUUGUGUGGAACCACUCCAGUGUUCUCCCAGUGCAGCAGUACACGGAGCACUUAGCUGCAGUAAAGGCCAUCGCCUGGUCUCCUCACCAACACGGCUUGUUGGCCUCUGGAGGCGGCACUGCUGACCGAUGCAUCCGCUUUUGGAACACUCUAACAGGACAGCCGCUGCAGUGCACAGACACGGGCUCCCAGGUCUGCAACCUGGCCUGGUCCAAGCACACUAAUGAACUGGUCAGCACCCACGGUUAUUCUCAGAACCAGAUCUUGGUGUGGAAGUAUCCCUCUCUAACUCAAGUGGCCAAACUCACAGGACAUUCCUACAGAGUGCUCUAUCUGGCCAUGUCGCCGGACGGCGAGGCCAUCGUGACUGGAGCUGGAGACGAAACCCUUCGUUUCUGGAACGUCUUUAGCAAAAUGAGAUCCACAAAGGAAUCUGUGUCGGUGCUAAACCUCUUCACCAGGAUCCGGUAGAGAUCAGUGUGGUAGGGAAUCAAAGCCAGGAGGAGAACGAACCAUUGCAUGUGUCGACCUGUUCACAGUCCUGGUCUUUUAGUAUUUGCCUCAGCUGGCAACUGAGGACUUACCCUCAACUGCCCUUGAUUUAUUUGAGAGAAGUUGUGUUGCUGCAGGAGCGAUGAUCCACCAGAGUGUUGUGGCAGAGAAAUCAACACUCAGUGUCUACAGUAUUCCAACCCUCCAACAACAACAACAACAGAUUUCUGAAAAUAGGGAGCAUUGAGGGCAUUAUGUUCCAGUGUGAUUACUUUUUUGUUUACAGAUUGACCUUUUCCGACCUGCCAAUUUGUUCUUUUUUUUUAUUGUCUUAUUUAUUUUAUUUUGUUUUUAUGUGUUUUAAUUCUAACUAGGAUGCACAAGAGUCUUUGUGUUUGGUUGGGUUUACAAAAAAAUAACACAGUCAUGUCCUUUUUUAAUACUAUUUUAAUAGGUGUUAUCUCCUACAGUAAUCACUGUGCCAUUACAACAGAGAAAGCUUGAUACGCUUUUAAAUUCAUGACAAUUUAAUUUGACGUAAAUGAGUGCAUGCAAAAUCAGGUGUUACAGUAAAAUAAUAUUAAAUUGGAAUAAAAAAAAAAUAUUUAAAUUUUAGGGCACUUGUCUUUUGGGACUUCAAACCAUUGUUGUGUUGAGCAGUUUUUAAAUUUGAAAAAAACAAAAAAUUGCAUUCUUUUCCUCCCUCUUGUUUUCUCACCUGGUUGAAUGGUUGAGUCAGCUGUGCCACGUUUACAAUGACUUCUAUUUAUUUGUGUUGUGAAAGGUUCAUGUGCAGAGUUGAGGUGAUUGCUUGUGUUAUCUGAGUGAAGGUGAGGACCCUCAAAUCGGAGAAAAUGUUUGAUCAACGCCAUUUAUAAAUCAAGACAAUGCUGCCAAGUUGAAGUACAGAAAAUGUCAAGAGGAUUGUAUUUCUUUAUUGAAAUAACCAUCAUUAAAUGACCAUAUCUUGUACUUGA